UAGAGCGCAAACGGAAAGUAACAUGUAUAUCAAUAAAAAAACAGCGAGCUGUAAUCAGCAAUGUCAAGCAAUCAACCGUUCGCUAUGGGAAGAUAUUCGAAAAGCAAAGAUUUGGUCGCAAAUGCAAGACACGUGUAAAAGCCUAGUAAAACUGGCUACAGCGAGUAUCAGUCAGGUGAUGAAACAAUCCGCCAAAUUAAAGAAGAAAUACGCAAAAGGUCGUAGCAAGGAAAAAUGUCCAUACGCGAAUCAAUGUGAUCAGUCAGUUAACGAAUGUUGCGACGAAACAAUGAUCGAAUCAAAAACUUGCGAUGCCAGUUAUUGUGGGAAUAUGUGUUGUUCGUUGAACCAAAUUUCGGAAAUCGCUGGAUUGCAGGAAUGUCAGAUACCGAUGUGUCAAACCUGCGGACUCUGUCACAAUGAGCAAGAAGCGACUUCAUCAGACCGUAGUUCUUGCUUCAGUUCUGACGAUAUUCAAGGAAAUUCGUAUCCUUUUAACGAAGGACCUCUCCAGGACCAGCUGCUACCCACCUGCGAUACAGUUCGCGAAAGAGGCGGCAGUGAUGGCCGUCGUAUCACUAAUCAAAAAAAGAGAAUUAUGAACCCAAACAGAUACCCCGUUCAAACUGAAAGAGAACAGCCAGGUACAUCCAACAAUCGUAGAAAUACCAAUCCUAGAAAUCAGGCGAAUCGAAGGAGACCCGGAAACCCAGAUGAAUCGCAAGACUACGAUUACCAAUCGGAUCACGCCACCAUAUGCAUCGAUAUGAACCUUGACUCGAGCACCAUUCGAGCCGUGAUCGAACCCGUUGAAUGUCCUUACGUCAUGGAAAGUAUGUCGUAUCAGAAGAGAGUAAGAGCCGUGAGACGUAUGGACAGGUAUCCCGACUCGGAGCCGCCUAGAGAGAGAUACUUACAGCCAAUAAAAAAAGAAGCACCAAUGAUCGAGGAAACACCUUACGUCGCGCCACCAGUUCGAUCCUUUAAGGAAGAAAUGAAAAAACCAAAGAAAACCAGUUUGUCCGCCACUAGAAAGUCUGACGUGAAGAGUCCUGCAGGGAGAAUUCCCACAAAAACGACAGGAACCGGCAGAGUCACGAAAUCGGAAAUUAACAACAAAAAGGCUCCACCGCCUAAAAGAGACGCGUACAAAUCAGUGGCGAAAGCACCUGUUAAAGGAGCGGCGAAAUCGCCAAGGUUUAGCAAAGAGAUUCAGUGUGAAAUUAUUCAGGCACACGCAAUGAUAUGUGGCGACAGAGAAAUGGCCAGUCAAGUUCAACAGUUGUGUUUCUGCAGUCCGCAGACAGCAGCUGCUCCACUUUCUCCAGAAGUUGCUGAAGAAGACGCAGCUGACGUCGCGGAGGACGCGGUAGAAGAAACUGUACAGGAAGUAGAAAUUGCAGAUGUGAAACAAGAGAUUGCGUCCGUGGAAACAGUGACUACAGUCAUGGACGAAACUGCAUCCGUGCAAACGGAAAGCAUUCAUGAAGAAACGGAAGAGUUUGCGGAGACGGAAGAAGACACACCUGAAGAAGUAGAAACUAUAUCUCUGGAGGAAACAGAAGUGACCGAGGACAAAGAAGCUACACCCGUAAUAGAAGAAGAAACACUCGAGGAGGAAGUUACACCCAUAGACGAGGAGGAAGUUACACCUAUAGACGAGGAGGAAGUUACACCCAUAGACGAGGAGGAAAUUACACCCAUAGAAGAGGAAGAAGAAGAAACUACAUCCCUAAAAGAGGAAGAAGAAGAAGAGACCGGGGAUCAAGAAGAAACAGCGAAGAGUACUCAAGUUGAAGAAACUGAAAAACAAGCUGUUGAAGUCGAUCGCACUUCCGCGGAAGAAUCGGCAGCGGAGACUUCGGUAACUCCAAUGGCGGGCGGUGCAGUGGUACCAAGAGCAAUGCAACCGGGCGAGAAAACGAUGGAAUUCUACCGGGAAUUCCGAACACGACGGAACUACGUGAGCGUUGAAAUGCAAACGUCGAGCACGAUUCUGACGAAGAUCCUGUCGGAGUUUCAAGUCGGCAACAAAAAGAGGCAGAUACUGAUGAACAUCAAAUUGCAAACGUCUCUGAACGGAAGUACCGAGGAGGAGCAGGAGCAGCAUCAGCAGCUGGAAACGACCGAUACAUCGAUUGCUGACUCGAAGGACCAGUCUUCGACGAAUGACGAUAUGCUGCAUUAUUAUCGCGAACAUAAACCGGUGCACGUUGAUAAAGCCAUGCAGCUGGGGCCAAGGAAUCUUACAGGUCCGCUGAACGGACUAGAAGGAUCGAACGCCAAUCUGUGUAGCGGACCUUGUGGAAGGAAGAAGUAUCCAUAG